CUACAACGUACCUACUGCUAGUUAACGGGCCGGACGCCCAGGGCGGGUCGGUCGGUUGAGCUUGUUGGGUGGGAGCUGACGCGCAGCCCGCCCCCGACAUGUGAUUGUCUCCUCCUCCUCUCCGUACCGCGUCGUGUCUGCAGCGUCUGCUGCUUCCAUGGCUGGCUCCGACUGCCACCGUCACUCACCACUGUCAGCCAGCCAGCCGGCCGCCGCGCGCUGUCCAACGACCGAGCGGCCAAGCCAUCUGCAGCCUCCGUCCAGCUUCACACCAUCUCGACACACUUGCCUUGCCAUGAGCCCAGCGAGAGGGGGUUGGAUGAGCGACUCUCCGCUGUCCGUCUGCCACCUCCCGCCUCCGUCCCCUCCCUGCCGUUGUCCAUUCUUCUCAUCUUCCUUCUCGUAAAUACUUCCUGCGUUCCGCCGCCUUGGGGGCCUAAACAUCAACGACCGCCACCUCCGUCCGUUCAACGGGCUGGCCCCGCCUUGUCGACAGACGUGUCGCCAACAGUCGCCAGCAGUGUUCAGAGAGUGAGAGAGUGAGAGACAGACAGACGGAGAGGAGAGAGAGGAAGAGAGUGAGAGAGAAAGAGAGGGAGACGACAAUGGCCCUGCUCAACCCCGUCUACGCCUUCAUGGUGCCGUUCCUCUUCAUCGUCACCGCCCCCCUCGCCCUCUUCGCCGGCAUCACAACCACCCUCGCCUUCUCCGUCCUCAUCCUGCGCGUCCUCAUUGUCUAUCUCGACAUCGCACUGUCUCUGGUCCCGUCUUACUUCAAGAGGCACCAGCACCAUCCUCACCCCCGCCACGACGGCGCCGCCGCCCCCCGAGGCGUCUCUCCCGCGGCCACGAGCAGCAGCGCCCACAGUGUCGCCGACUACGCCAGCCCGCCUACGCCCACCCAGCAGCAGGUCCCCUUGUUCAGGAGAAGGCGCCGUCGGCCCAGCAGCGCCACCAGCAUCGUGUCCGCGGGCUCGAGCACCCCGUCUGGCAACGUGGACGCGGGCCUGGGGCUCGUGCCCAGCGUCGGCGCUGAGCGCGACUUUGAGGGCAUCGGCGGCUGGCGCUCCGGCAAGGACGGCGAUGACGACGACGACAAUGCCUGGACCACCAUCAACUCGCGCUUCGAGUUCCCCUACGCCCGCAGUCAUCACAACCGCACCCCGUCCGGCGGUGCGUGGCCGCCAACCCCCGGCGACAGCGGCGUUCUCAUGAUGAAGUCGCGGCGCAGCGGCAGCCCCGACUCGCGCCACUCGAGCAAAGGCCCGGCCUCUCCCAACAGCUCGCGCGCGCGCACGCCGUCUGCAUCUCGCGUGGCAACCGCCAUCACCAUGGGUCACGGCGACAGCUACUUCCCCCUGGCCAUGUCGCCGGCUGCCUCCAAAAAGGUGCCGGGACAGCCCGCCUGAUUGGCCGGAUUCCGCGAUGCAACGUCUUUCGUCUCGCGACAUGACAUGGCAUGAUAUGACGUGUAAUGAUGUGUAUAGUAUCAGAGUCUCCUUUUGCUUGCAUCUGGUCAUGCCCGCCGCUGUUGGUGGCAUGAUGGGACCGGCGACCGUGACGAAAAUCGCGAGAGAAGAAAACGCAACCUUUGUGGUUCGGCGUGACAUGUCACAAAGUUGAAACCCACUUCUCGAGGCGGCGACUCUCGCCUGUCAGCGCUGCCACAAUUCAAUUUCAUUAUUCAUUGCCGACGGCGUUGCGUCGAUGGAUGACACAGAUGCACGCUCCCUUAACGCCUGGUAUCUGUAAGAAAGUAUACCAAUAAACGCCCCCCCUUCUCUCCAGGGCCUGUUCCGUCGCCAUCGCUCCGAAGCGUGAGUACCGGGCAGCCCUCUCAAGGGCGUAUCACAGGGUCUGCCAAAAAUAGUUUGCGUAAAAGAAGCGCGAGAACUUCUUGUCCAUAUUGACGACGUGGACAUCCCCCUUGCGGUC